AUGCAAGAAAAUACACUUCAAUGCUUAGAUUUAGCUGAAAAAAUCAUUGCUGUUCUUGAUGGCGGAGAAGUAUUUAAGAAAUAUAGUCGCAUAAAGCAAAAAAUUUAUAAUAAUUCUCCUCAUAAUUUGGAUUUAGAUCCUCAUCUUAAGAAAAUUGCUUUAGAAAAUCGUGACUUACAAAAACAACUCGAAGAACUCCGUGAUUCGCUUAAAAAUUCAGAUACACUCGAAAAUUAUAUAAUUUCAGGUUUACAGAAAAUCCAAGCUAAGGUUGUUCCUAAUAGUACUGACCAAGAAUGCACAACAAUAGAUGAAGCUCUGCAAAGUUUAGGACGAGCAAUUGAUUCUAAACUUGAAGCAAACGCAAGUAUCCGUGAACAAUAUACAAGGAGCAACACACAGCUCAGAGAAAAGAUAUCCACAUUAAUGGCUACAACAAACGAACAAUUAGAUAAAAUAACGAAUCGACAUAUUGAACAAGAUCACCAAUUUCGUGCCAAGUCAGAAGAGAUCGAUGCUCAAAUACAAGAGCUAAACUCUGAAAUUGAAGAAGUUAAUACAAAACUGAAAGAAAUUACUGAUCAAAACAACGAUAUUCUGUUAGAUAUCAAAAAGGUCAGUUCACAAGCUUCAUCUCUGAACAAACAGUUGUCAGAAGCAGAUAAAAAGAACAAAAUCGCUAUGACCAGGUACAAAGACCUUCAAAGCACAGCAGAAUUACUUUCAACCGAAUUAGAAACUAAAACAAGAGAAAUUAAAAUGAUCCGUGCUCAGCAAAGAUUUAAUACAAUGGAUGUUGAUGAGGCUGACAUUGAAGAACUUGAACUUAUUGAGGCUGCAUUAGCACAACUCGAAGAGGAACACAAAAAGUUGGAAUUAGAGUUGAAGAAACGUAGAUUGGCUGCUACAGGAACCGAAAAUAGUGAAGUUACGAAAUUAUCUACAAUUAGUCAAUUUUAA